GGGGGAAAGGUGACAGGCGAGGUGCAGGCUGAGGGUCAUGGCAGGGUUAGUUGGGAGAGCUCAGCCCCAGUGAACGCUCGUGUGUGUCAGCUGAAGGACACCAACACUGCCCGGUGAUCCAUCUGGGUGGUGCCAAGCGAGGAACAUGUACUGGUGUUUUGGAUGGCCAAGGAAAUCCAUCUCAAAUACCCAGAGAUCCUCCAUGCCGCUCACCCCUUCUUCCUCUCCCUCAAGUUUGUGGGUGCUGGUGGCUCUCUCCUGGAUGGAGCAGUUUUCGUGGUGAGACACACAAGAAACCUCAACUCUCAUGCCUUGGGUCUUAUGGGAACUGUUUUCAAAGAGAAAGAGUCUGGUUUGUGGAUCUAUUUACCUGAGAACAACUUGUCAACAAUUCCUGUGGAUGUCGUCAUCAGCGAGGUCAGUGUUAGAUACCAACUUGCUGCUCAGGUGUCUGUUGUACCUGCUGGUUGGCAUCUCCACUUUGUCUCUCCUGGUAACCAAGUAUGUGCUGACAGAUUAGCAGCAGGAGUGGGAACUGCAGUGGCUGUAACUCAUAUGACUUCACUGGUACCAAUCCAGACCACCUGGCUUCCCCAGGGACAGGCUUGUGUCAUCCUGACCUUACCUCUACCUUUACAUCUACCACUGCACUACAUUUGGAAUCUGGUUGAGUACAUGUACUCAGACCCAAGCCUGAUGUGCUUGGUGGUGUAUCCUGAAAAUUUGGAGAUCCAGGAGAACUCUGUCACCAAGAACCUGCAAAUGAAUGUCAUUGGGUGGCUGAUGGCAGCUCCUCAAGUGAACCCAGAGAUCACUGGGCUAAAGUACAGCAAGAUGAGUGCCUUGGAGAAGCUGUGCCUUGAGUUGAAGGCUGCAGUCACCAUCAGAAAAGAGCAAAGCUGCAACAAGUCAUCCAAGUACUUUGUCAAGAAGGUUUAUGUUGAAGGCAACCUCCUGCACUGCUCUCAGGAGAACAGUGGGACUCAUGACUGCCUCCAAGACCCACAGAGGAUUGGAAGGCAUAAAUUCAAUCUUGGAUAACUAUUGACAUUUAAAACUGGUGACUCCACUUGUCAGAUUGUAGGUGGGAAAGUUUUAGGGUUGAUUGAUGGGAACAUUGUUGAUCUAAAUUCUUUUUUGAUAAAGUACUGUAAAUCACUUGCAUGUGAAGUUUCAAAUGGAUGAAAUAGCAUGAAUGGUAUUGUAGUUGAAUUGUUCUUUGUAGCUGGAAAAAAAAAUUAGGGUCGAUUGAUGGGAAAACUAUUGUUCAAAAUCCUUUUAUUGUAAACUAGAUCAUGUACAUAGUUGUGAAAUUUUUUUGGAAAUGAAAUAGCAUGAAUGAUGAUGAUGUUGUUUGUGUUGUACUAUGGGUAAACCAUUGGAAAAAAUGUAGUAGUUAUGAACAAAAUUGGAUUAACUAAACAUCACUGAGGUUGUAGUUGUGAAAUUUUGGUGUAAAUUAAUGUAAACAAUGAAAUACUUAAUCAUUAAAGUUUUUAAUCUUAUAUUAGGAGUCAUUGGAAAUUAGCUAAAAUAAACACCCUUAUAUCAUC